GGAUUGAAUUUCGAUUAAUAAAGAUAUAAAGGUGGAAGAACACCUGCCGCAAGGUCAAUCGAAAGAAGUCGACGAACUAGUAUUUCACCAACGCCUUUAUCACCUCGUGUUGUGCUUUCUAGACUGGAACCAAGAGACUUCGAAAGAUUACGCUUGUCUUAUAAAGUUGCAUUAGUAGAUCAAAGAAGAUCUCGGAGUUGCCGUGGUAUGAACAUGGGUCAAAAAAUAAGCGGCAGUGUGAAAUCUGUUAACAGAAAUGACACACAGACGCCUUUUAAGCCAAUUAUACCAAGGGAAUUAGCGGCCGAUUUUGCAAAACCAGCAAGAAUUGAUAUACUACUAGAUAUGCCUCCAGCAAAUAAAGAAACACAACUUAAACAUUCGUGGAAUUCUGAGGAUAGAUCACUAAACAUUUUUGUUAAAGAAGAUGAUAAACUAACUUUCCAUAGACACCCAGUUGCACAAAGUACAGAUUGCAUACGUGGCAAAAUUGGAAUGACCAAAGGAUUACAUAUAUGGGAAAUAUAUUGGCCUACAAGACAAAGAGGUACACAUGCAGUAGUAGGCGUUGCCACAUCCGAAGCUCCACUACAUUCUGUAGGUUAUCAAAGUUUGGUUGGUUCUUCAGAUCAAAGCUGGGGCUGGGACUUAGGAAGAAAUAAAUUAUAUCACAAUUCUAAAAACUGUGCAGGCAUUACCUAUCCCGCAAUCCUUAAGAACGAUGAAGCUUUUUUGGUUCCAGAUAAAUUUUUAGUUGCUCUUGAUAUGGAUGAAGGAACAUUAAGUUUUAUCAUAGAUCACCAGUACCUUGGAGUUGCAUUUAGGGGCUUAAAGGGUAAAAAAUUGUACCCUGUAGUUUCUGCUGUUUGGGGUCAUUGCGAAAUUACUAUGAGAUACAUUGGAGGACUUGAUCCUGAACCAUUGCCACUAAUGGAUUUAUGUAGGCGAACAAUACGACAGGAACUUGGACGUGCAAACUUAGAAGAUCGAGUUCAACAACUACAUCUUCCGCAUUCGAUGAAGACGUAUUUAUUGUAUAAAAAUCGUAGAUAAUACUUUUAUUAUAAGUUAUUAAUAAUUAAAUUUAACUGUAAGAAUUUUAUGUUAGUAGCAGUUAUUGAUUAUACAGUAAUAAGUUUAUAAAUACUCCGUUUAGCAUAUUUUGGUGUAAUAUAGUUAUAAGUUUAUAUGGGCUUAGUUUUGUAAAUUGACAACAUUGUAUACAUAAGUAUAUCGUUCAAGAUAAAAAUAAUAUAACAUAAAUCUCAAUAUUAAAGAUAUAAUAAAAUAUAAAUU